AUGUUGACUCGUCAUUUGGCCUUGGCCAUUGUGGCUCUUCGCAUGGUAGCCUAUGGCCAUUACAUUAGACACGAUGCUUCCACGCUCGAAGAGCUGUAUGAACCAUGGGUAUCACCCGCCACCGAAAUUGCUUCUUCAACAGAUGCCAAUUUUUCCACCGUUGUUGGGCCACGAUGGUCGGCUUGGGAAGCUCCGCAUUGGUCUGGGGCAAUUAAACCUGCAACAGAAAAAGAUCUCCAGAAAGUGGUCCAAAUCUCAGUGGCAAACAAGAUUCCAUUCAUUGCAACCAAUGGCGGCCAUGGCCCGAAAGUCGGUCAAGGCCAGUUUACCGGCAUCAACGUGAACCUCGCCAGCUUUAAUACUGUCAGUAUCGAUACCACCAACAACUUGGUGACCCUUGGAGCUGGCGUCAAGCUGUGGGAUGUCCAAAAGGGGUUGUACGAUGUCGGCAAAGAAAUACAAACUGGCAAUUCCAUCUGCCCGGGUGCUAUCGGUGUGACCAUCGGUGCCGGCAUUGGCAUGAUGACGGGCAUGCACGGUCUGAUGAUUGACACACUUAAAUCUGUCCGUGUUGUGACCGCAAAGGGCGACCUGGUAAAGGCCUCGGCGACAGAAAACAAGGAUCUCUUCUGGGCAAUUCGCGGAGCCGGCAUCAACUUUGGCAUUGUCACAGAAGCAACCUACGGAAUCCACGACCAGACCAACGGCGGCAAUCUGACGGCAGUUACUUUUGUCUACGCGCCGGCGUCUAAUCGCUCACUCUGGGAGACUAUGAAAACAUUUGAUGGCAACCAGCCAGCCAAGCUGUCGUUCCAAGCCGUCAUCAAGUUUGACCGGACUUCCAACUCGGCGAAUUUAAUUCUGCAGCUCUGGUACUUUGGUCCUGUGACAGAGGCGCAGCCAUACAUUGACCAGUUUACCGCCGUGGGUCCGGUCGUCAAAUCUGUGACAUAUCUUCCUCAAACCGACGUGUUCUAUCAGUCACAGACGGCUGGAGUGUGUGACAGGGGAAAUAUAAUCAGUGCGCACACCUUGGGCUUCAGCCGUACUGAUGUCGCAAGCUAUGAGGCUCACUUUGCGGAUUUAACGGCCUUUUAUAAGGCAUAUCCUGCGUUCCAGGGAGAAUCUGUGCUCCAGUAUUACAGCAACAAGGUUACUCUCCAGACACCGGCGUCUGAGACUGCCUUCCCCUGGCGUGAUAUCCAAGUGUGGUGGCUCACGCAAAACGAAUACACCGACGCCUCGAUCAGGCCUCAGGUUGAUCAGUUUAUGCGAGGACAACGCACAAACUUACAGACUACCAGCGGUUUCUCUACCCCUCAUGUCUAUUUGAACUAUGCCUAUGGAGAUGAAGGCGCGGCCGCGUGGUAUUCUGCAGCCAACUUGCCCAAACUUCGAAAACUGAAAGCCAUCUGGGAUCCCUCUCGUAUAUUUGGAAAUGGGGCGUCUCUUUACUAA